UUAUUAUUUGCAGACAAAAGGUUUCUGAAGAGGCGGCGCAGUGAACAACUGGUUAGCACAUCUGCCUCACAGCUCUGAGGACCUGGGUUCAAAUACGGCCUCUCCUGUGUGGAGUUUGCAUGUUCUCCUCGUUCCUGCGUGGGUUUUCUCUGGGUACUCUGGUUUCCUCCAACAUCCCAAAAACAUGCAUGGUAGGUUAAUUGAAGACUCUAAAUUGCCUGCAGGUGUGAAUGGUUGUUUGUUUAUACAGUAUGAGCCCUGCAAUUGGCUUGCGACCAGUUCAGGGUGUACCCCGCCUCUUGCCCAAAGAUAGCCGGGAUAGGCUCUAGCACGCCUGCGACCCUCGUGAGGAUAAGCGGUACGGAAGAUUGAUGGGUGGAUGUGUAUCAAGACUUUCAACUUCAUUUGGCUGUUGCCAUCACGUUUUACAUCAAUACAGAUUAUUGAUCCUGUCCCAGAAGACAUCCAUGGUGUUUCACAGAUGAGUUUGUAUGUUUGAUGAUCAUCAUUCCUCCUUUCUCCAAACUUAAGCAUUUCCAUCAGUUUGGUAAAUUUAGCCUAGAAUUGUUUAGGGCUUUCUUUCAUGUUCAUGAUCACUCCUGCCCUCUGGAGGUUGCUGGAGGUUUCUUCACAGCUCUCACAUUGUUUUAGUCAUCUGCUGGUGGUUUCCUUUGGCAGACCCUUUCGACAUCUGUUACUUGGUAAACCAAGUUUUUUUUUCUUCUUCUUUUGGGGGCAUUUUUAACGGUUAUAUAUUGGCUAUGGCAAUUGUUUGUGCAAUGGCUCAGCUUGUUUUUCAACCCAUAUACAGCAGUUACAUUUUUUAAUGUUGGUUACACCUCUAACUAGUAUAAAUGUAAUCCUCACAGACAAAACCCAACUCUAAAACUGAGUGUAGACAUUCAUUCAACACACCUUUCAGUCCCAUGUUCCAAUACUUUUUCACAAAAAAUGUGGUUUCAUUAUUUUCAAAGUUGUGUGAUCCCCAGAUGCAAUACCUGGAAUUUAAAUCUUAACCGUUGAUCUCUUGUCUCAUAUUCAUCUUUUGAUGUCAAACCCAAAUGUUUUCAGUCUAAUGCAAAGAGAAUCCAUCUGUGUAUCCAUCUUUGUACUUCGUGUGAUAGAGAAAAUAUAUGCUGUUUCUAAGCUUUUCCAAUUUAAUGUAGAAAAACAGUGAUAAAGAAGUAUUUGUGUUGGGACAAAAAUCCAAGCAGAUAACUGUUAGCUGGGUCUUGCAUCCCAAAUCCUGCAAUAAACUGUCAGUUUUUCCCCAACCUCUGUAGAUGGGUGGGAUGGGGCCCGCCUUUGCUGUUAAAACGGAAUCAAUGUGAUGACUGUCAUAUACUGUUUAUAUAUACAUAUGUGUGUGUGUUUAUGUAAAUACUGUAUGUGUAUAUGUGUGCAUAUGAAUGAAGAAUAUAGUGCAAAUUUUCCCGGAAAUUCCCUUCAGGGAUUAAAUGUAAUUUAAUUAAGUAGCUAUAAUAGAGUACAGUGAAAGCAUUGUGGUACAAGUGCCGAGCAUGUCUGUCUCACAGUCGAAAGGUUCUAGGUUCAAAUCUUGGUUCCGGCCUUUUCGUGAGCUGUUUUCAUGUUCUCUCUGUUUGUGUGGGAUUGACGAUUUCUUCCCACAUUCCACAAACAUGCAAAUUAGGUUCCUUGAAGACUAAAUCUUAUUGGUCUGAAUGUGAGUGUGAAUGCUUGUAUGUACGUGUCCUGGGAUUGACUGCCAACUACUCCAAGGUGUACUCUGAUUCUUGGCCCAAAAUCAGCUGGGAUGGGCUCCAGCUCCCCUGUGACCCUGAAAAAGAUAAGCGGUAGAAAAUGGAUGGAUUGAUGGACCAAUACCUAAAAUAAAAAUGAGGUACACCCGCACAUGAAAACCUGACUAGCAUGCUCGAAGUCACAAAAACAACUUCGUUUAUUCAUCAUCAUCAACAACAACAAUAAUUUUAUGUGGUGUGUAACUGCACUGGAUGAAUAAACAAAUUGCAAAAGACUACAUACAAACGGCAAACAACGUGAACCACUUGAUAGAUUUGUUUUUAAUGCAGCUCAUAUAUCUUACAAAAAGGUGAAGGACUACCAAAGCGAUUCCAAAUGAGCUGCGGCACAUUAGUGUGGCAUAAGAGAUCAUCAGGUGUCCAUCGGUCCAUUUUCUUCCGCUUAUCCAGAGUCGGGCCGCAGCUUUAGCAGGAAAGCCCAGACUUCCCUCCCCCCCAGCCAUUUUGUCCAGCUCUUCCGGGGGGGAUCCCGAGGCCUUCCCAGGCCUAACGGGAGUCAUAGUCCCUCCAUUGUGUCCUGGGUCGUCUCCGGGGCUUCCUCCUGGUGGGACAUGCCUGGAAUACCUCACCAGGUAGGCCUCCUGGAGGCAUCCUAAACGAAUGCCCAAGACAUCAUCAUCUGGAUCCUGUCAAUGCGGAGGAGCAGCAGCUCUACUCUAAAACGCUCCCGUAUGACUGAGCUUCUCAUCCCAUUUCUAUCUCGUUUUGACAUGUAUUGACACGCAGAACAAUUAAAUGCUCUUCCACUAGAUGGCACAAGGUACAAUUAAUCUGUGUAUACACCUGUGGCCAUUCAUAAACCGAAUAAGAGCUUUGUGUUCAGCCAAACAGGCCCAGAUUUCACAGUAAGUAAAUACAUUUGUGAGUAAAUUUAGAUCAGAUCAUCAUUAUUUCACAUACAUUUUUGUUUUUUGGUACCAUGAGAUUUUAUAAUGUAAAAUAAUGCCUUGGCUAAUUUAAGGUUUGGAAACAAUAUGUCCGAAAUUUAUACUUUAUAGAGAUUCGAUUUGAUUUUGUCUGAGCAUGUUCUGAGCGGUCUACAGCGUCCUCUGUAGUAUUAAGUAGGAACAACACUCCUCCAGCGAUAGAGUGCUUUCAUUCGUCUUGUUCAUGCUGUAUUUUUGUUGUUUCAAAUAGAAAAUAGGCUGAGGAUGAUAUCGAUUAGUUUUCGUGCUGAUAUGUGGAUUGCUUAUCAAUUUCUCUAACUGAAAUUCCGCAUGCAACUUCCCUUUGUACAUUAGUCGCAAAGUGUCGAAACUGAAGUCAAUGAUCUCAGGGUCAUUCUUAUUGAAUGCAAAGCCCGGGUGGAGCCAGAUGAGGUGGCUGGGGGAUCUGAUUCGGAUGCCUCCCGGACGCCUCCCUCGUGAGGUGUUCCAGGCAUGUCCCACCGGGAGGAGACCCCGGGGACGACCCAGGACACGGUGGAGAGACUACGUCCUUCGGCUGGCCUGGGAACGCCUCGGGAUCCCCCCGGAAGAGCUGGAUGAAGUGGCUGGGGAGAGGGAAGUCUGGGCGUCCCUGCUAAAGCUACUGCCCCCGCGACCCGACCCGGAUAAGCGGUAGAAGAUGGAUGAAAUAAUGAAAUAUUGGAAUUCUUAAAUAAACAAUGAAAUAAUUCAUGAUAUAUUUAAUAUUUAUUUAAUUACAUAUUUUUUUCAUCUCGCCACUAUAGGUUCUUCAUACAUUUUUAUUCAUUUAUCUCGACCCUAGUGAGGAUAAGCGGAACGGAAGAUGACUAUCUAGUGAUACAGAAAAAGGAUGAAUGGAUAUUUGUUCAUUUAUUUUAAAAUACAAGGGUUUGACUUGUUGCGCAGUUUUCAGGCUGGUGACGCUUUAGUCCAAUCAGUGCACUGGCGGCGAUGACGUCACGUUUAUGCGACGGGCCAAAUGCAAUCGUGCAGUUCUAGGUUGUUGCAAAUUGAAGAGUCGACACUGGGUGCAAUAUUUACGUCUUAGUAAGUAACUUUCUUACUACAUCGCAACUGUGCCGCAAGCGUGUUUUCAGGAAAACGUGUCGGUAAAGUUAGCAGGCUAAUGCUAUCGCGCGUACUUGGGCCCUGUUUAAUCUGAGUGUAGUCGGCGUUGUUUUGGUCAGUGACGUCAAAGCUACGAUUACUCAAGUAAAGCUAUGGCUUCCAGGCGGGCAGGUUAUACGAGCAGCGUGGAUUCUCCUUCGUCAAAUAGUGGCAACCGCAAGACGAGUAUCAACAUCCCUGACAGGCCCGUUGUAGAAUCCUGCUACGACCGCAAACCGGACAAGGUUGUAUACGGCAGCGUGAGUGUAACAUCGCUGAAGUCCCGCCUCGCGCCGACCAUUCAAACUGCCAUGUCGGCUGCAGUUGAUACUCUCCUGGGCGAAGUGGUGCUUGUGCUCAACGAGACUCACCAAGAGUUGCUGCACAAGGAACAAGAGAACGAGAGGCUGAAAGUGCGCCUGGAGGUGUCAGAGAGGGAGUUGAAGACCAUGCAGGAUUGUCUGUGCAGUGCUCAGAAGCUCAUAGACCAGCUUCAGAUCUCAUACACUGGCCCUCACAACAUCGGGCAGGCGGUUUUUGCUCCUAAUUCGCUGUCCUCCAUGGCGGCCGGGGUCAACCGGGACCAUCAGAACACUCGAAACGUGAACGGAGCUGGCAUCGACUUGGGUCUCGGUGGUUCCGUGGAUGGCUCGCUUCAUGGGUUUGAGCCAAGAGUUGACUACAAGAUGUGCCAGCUGUCUAUUCAACCAGAUGGUUCUGUGACCAACCACGCUCUGGACUCCUUUGCAACAGACACGUCUCACAUAUGCGCUGAUGCCAACAGACCAGGGAGGCCAUCUCAGGGACCAGGUGAAGCUGCCAGCUUUGAGAUAAAAGUGGAGCAGGGACAAGCUUCAAGCUCCAGUCAAAACAACAGGAAGGGCACAGUUGGCAAUGGAGAACAGUCAUCCCACACCAUGGGUGACCUCGGCUAUGUUCAAGUUGGAGAAGGAGGAAGUUCCCAGCGUACCUUCACCCAAACUCUGCACCACCAGAGGCCUGUUCGAGAAUGCACCAGUGGCCUGCAGCAGCGAGUGAUGGAUGGGCAAAAGCCACUGGUGAGGACUUCUGGACCCGGAAGAGGUCACAGUGUUUCACCAGGUAGAGCAGAAGAAUCAGCUGGACCUUCGGGUGCCGACACACCCGUUGAGCCUUCCGAAGAUCGUCCUCACCACUGCUUAGAGUGUGGAAAAACCUUCCGUCUGAUUUCCAGCCUGAAGAAGCACAUCCGCAUUCACACGGGAGAGAAGCCGUACCCUUGCAGCGUGUGCGGCCGCUGUUUCCGCGAGUCGGGCGCCCUCAAGACACACCUGCGAAUACACACCGGGGAGAAGCCGUACUCGUGCUCCGAGUGUGGCAACUGCUUCCGCCACUUAGACGGUCUGCGCAAACACCGGCGCACGCACACCGGAGAGAAGCCGUACGUGUGCGCCAUCUGCGGGAAGCGUCUGAGCCGCCUGCAGCACCUCAAGCACCACCAGCUCAUCCACACGGGCGAAAGGCCGUGCUGCUGCCCCUUCUGUAACCGCAGCUUCAAGGAGCCUGCCGCACUACGCAAGCACAUCCGGACACACCGCGAGGAGGGCGGCCACAUGGCGGUCGGAGUCACAGAUGAAGCUGAACCUGACGCGAUUGAUGAAAUGAACAACCUUCACCCGGCGGCGCCGUCCCCCCAGAUGAGGUUUGGGGAGUGGGGAGCGGAAGAGGAUGACAACUCAGUUGUUGACUGUGUGUAGAGAGCUAAACAAUGAUGGAACACUCACAUACACACAUGGGGGGGCGGUUGUAAAUACAAUGGACAAAAAACUAGGACUCAUAAAAUGGGACGAUUCAGUUUGCCAUCACAGGUAUUUUUAAAAACACAUUUUUGCCACCAAUUAAAUCAUCAUGAAAAUGCAUUUACAGGCCAAAGCAACAGGUGGCUCUCUAACAAUAAAGCCAUGUAAGCCAGUCAAAACCUGAAAUGACACCCUUGAGUUUUUUUAUUUUGAACAAUAGUGUCUUGAGGGAAAGGGGAAUUAUUGGCAACUGACUGGUGUUAUAAUAAAUAAUAAACAUCCAUCCAUUAAAGUUUUAUUGCGCUUGUCCUCAUUAUGGUUCCGGGUGAGCUGGAUCCAAUCCACGCUGACUUUGUCGAGAGGUGGGGUACACCCUGAACCGGUUGUCAGUCACUCGCAGAGCAAAACAAACACAAAUCAAUGAUUUCACCACCUAUGUCAAAAGGACAUAGUCAAUGACAAAAAUAUAAACAUUUCAGAUGUCUGUGCAUGAGUUUAAAAAAAAAAAAAAAACAUUUUAAAGGAUUUUUUUCAGGUUACAGUCUUUGGUGUUCUAAAAAGUUUGCAUGACGUUCAUCCAGCACCAGUUGAAGCACACAGUAAUGAGUUAGUCUGCUUCUCAGCAGUUUGACGAAACUGUAGAGGCUAUUUAACCUUUUAAAAAAAAAAUGAAAGUGCCUUGAUUUAAAAAUAAGUCGGUCCUGCUGCUGAAUGUAAUUGUUUCCUGGACAUCCUAAAUUUCACAUAUUCAUGAAACAUGCAGAAAUUCUGGGAUUAUAUUGGAUUGUCAAACAUCGUCUUUAUGAUAAAUCAUUCUUGUGUUAUUGUUAAUCCAACCAUUUUGGGCACAAAUAUUAAAUGAUUUAAAUAAUUACUGUAUAGCUAACAGGGUACUUGAGUCAUUAUUUAUUACUUAUUAUAAUUAUUUAUAUUAACACCAGCCAGAACAUUAGGCACACAAAAUACAAACAUCUGCCUUUUUCCAAGACAGUUCAGUUGUGAGCAAAUAUUAAAGAGGCAAAAUAAUUUAGAGAAUGUCCAAAAAUGUAUUUUCUGAGGCAUUAUUAAUAGUUUUAAAAAUGGCUGUAAAUAAUUGUAACAUUUUUGUCAAAUGAGGGUUCCUUUUGAUAUGUAGUAAAGGUUUUUGUUAAUAUUUAGAACUGCUAACCUUUACCUCAUGAUGUAAAUAUUAAAUAAUUUAUGUUCCCCCCAAUUGUAUCCCGUAUAAAUCUCAACCUUCAAACAAAAUAAGUAAUACAGUACAGGUACAUGUCUUCAUGUGUGCUGUAUUAUAACAAGCACCUGCUAUUUAAAACUAAGUACUGUAUAUCUUCAUGAAAGACGCUCUAAAUGUGAAAUGUUUGUCGUAUACCCACUGUGUGGUUUGGUAGCUUUGCCCCGAUAAUGCUGUAGUUUUAAUUAAAUGAUGUUAAAGGAGGCCUUUGCAUGUACCUUUAAGAUGAAAACAGGAAGUCCCUGUUAAACGUGAAAUUUCUGUGCUUCUGUGUUCAUACUGAAAUGUAUCCUACAUGUUUAAUGUACUGUAAAUGUUCCUGUACUAAAGGGACUUGUUUAUAUUUAAACUUGUGACAAAAACAA